AUGCUCUUGUUAACUAAAGUAGAAUUAGAUUUAAUAUCUGAUACAGCAAUAUAUCAAAUGCUAGAAAAAGGAAUCAGAGGAGGCCUUGCUCAAUGCUCGAUGCGAUAUGCAAAGGCUAAUAAUAUAUAUUUGUCAGACUUUAAUGAAAAAGAACCCAGCACAUUUUUAGUUUACUUAGAUUGUGUCAAUUUAUAUGGUCAUGCUAUGAAACAAAGACUUCCCACUGGAAAUUUUAGAUUUUUAACAAAAUCUGAAAUAGCUUUAUUUGAAAUUGCAUUCGUUUCUGCUGAAAGUGAUGAAGGGUAUAUACUUGAAGUUAUCAUUAUCCUCCUGAUAUACAUGAUCAAGAAGCAAAAUAACUCAUUAUUUGGUAAAACGAUUGAAAACAAAAGAAGACAAGUGGAUGUUAAAUUAGUUAAUGUGUGGAAAGAUAGCUUAAAUAAGACCAAUAAAAUAAAGGGGGCACAAAAAUAUGUGAGAAAAUAUGUGAAUUUAAAAAAUAUGGCUAUAAUUUCAGAGAAACUUGUUGCUAUUCAAUUAGAACCUGCUAAAGUUGUUUUAGAUCGACCAAUAUACAUUGGUUUUACAAUAUUGGAAUUAGCAAAGUGUCAUUUAUAUCAAUUUCACUAUUCUGUUGUGAAGGAAAUACAUAAAGAGGGCAUAAACCUUUGUUGUACUGAUACUGAUAGUCUCUUUAUACAUACUGAUGAUUUUUAUAAAGACAUGAAACUUAAUAUAGAUUAUUUCGAUACUAGCAACUUUGAAGAAAAUAAUAUAUAUGAUAUGCCGAAAGCGAAUAAACAAAUACCUGGCUAUUUUAAGGAUGAGAUGGGUGGAGAUGUCAUUACUGAGUUUAUUGGUUUGAGGGCUAAAUUAUACUGUAUAAAUAGUUUAAACAAUACAAUUAAAAAAGCUAAAGGAGUUAAAAAGCCCGUUUCUUAA